GUCCUCUUCUGGGUACCUUGUUAUUCUUGCCGUCUCUGCUGAGUUCUUGGCUAGACACAGUUGCAUUUCUGUGGAGGCCUGGGAAGAUGCUACCCAAAGAGAGGGCACUGGCCUCCCCUAGAGGCUCUCCACCUCACCCAGAACUACCUACUUUGCGGCUGGAAGAUAGAUUCCAACAGGAAGAGCCUAGCCAGCAGGAGGAACCCAACCAGGGGGAAAUACUCAUUAAACAACAAGAACCUAGCCAGCAGGAUGAAUCCAUGCAGGAAGAAGAACCCAUCCAGCUGCUAGAACCUACUCAGAGGGAUGAGCCCAACCAGGGAGAAGAAUCCAGUCAGCAGGAUAAUCUUCCCAACCUGAGGGAAGAACUCAGUGAGCAGCAAGAACCCAGCCAGUGGGAAGGACCUGGCCAGGAGGAUGUACCCAUGGAGCAGGAAGAACCAAUGCAGCAGGAUGAGCCUUGCCUGUGGGAAGAACCCAUGCAGCAAGAUGAACCCAUGCAGCAAGAUGAACCCAUGCAGCAGGAAGAGCCCAUGCAGCAGGACAAACCCAUCCAACAGGAAGAACUCAUCCAGCAGGAGCCACCCAUUCAGCAGGAUGCUUCCAUCCAACAGGAACUCAUCCAGCCCAAAGAGUCAAUUCAGCAAGAGCUGACCCUGCAGGAGGAUGCCAUUCAGCAGAAUAAGUCCAUCCAAAAGGAAGAAUUUAUCCAGCAGGAGGAGCUCAUUCAUCAGGAUUCUUCCAUUCACCAGGAACUCAUUCAGCAAGAGGAGUCCAUUCAGCAGGAUAUGUCCAUCCAAAAGAUAGAUUUCAUUCAGCAAGAGAAGCCCAGCCAGCAGGAGGAAGCCAACCAACAGAAAGAUCCUACUCAAAAGGAUCAACCCAGCCAACAAGAAGAGCCCAGCUAUCAGAAAGAACCUAACCAGCAGGAAGAACCCAGUCAACAGGAAGAGCCUAGCCAACAGGAAGAGCCUAGCCAACAAGAAUUGCCUAGCCAACAGAAAGAGCUUAGCCAACAGGAAGAACCUAGCCAGCAGGAAGAACCUAGCCAACAGGAAGAGCCUAGCCAGCAGGAGGAACCCAGCCAACAGGAAGAGCCUAGCCAACAGGAAGAACUCAGCCAACAGGAAGAGCCUAGCCAACAGGAAGAACUCAGCCAACAGGAAGAGACUAGCCAAAAUGAUCAACCCAACCAACAGGACAAAUCCAGCCAACAGGAAGAACCUAGCCAGCUGAAGGAAACAGAAACUAUCACUGAGAGAUCUGCUGCUGACCUUGAGAUUUCCCGCCUGCGCUUUCGGGAGUUUGUCUACCAGGAGACAGCUGGGCCUCACCAGACUCUGGCGAGGCUUCAUGAGCUAUGCUGCCAGUGGCUGGGGGCUGAGGCUCACUCCAAAGAGCAGAUCCUGGAGCUGCUGGUUCUGGAGCAGUUCCUGGGCAUCCUGCCAGACAGGGUUCGUCCCUGGGUGGUAGCCCAGUAUCCUGAAAACUGCAAGAAGGCUGCCUCCCUGGUGGAGGGUCUCUCUGACAUCCUGGAGGAGCCAGGGAUUAUGCUGUGUUCCCUGGGUGGAUCAUCGUCUUCAUUCAGCGAGGGCGACAAUGAGAGGUGUCCUGAGCCCCUGCUGCUACCAAGUGGGUUGUUGAGUCCCAGCAGAAACCUAAGACCUAGGGACACCCUUGUACGCCAUGAUACUUCUCCCAUCCUUCCAGCCUGGCCUACUCUGGAAUCUGUACAUCUGGAUGAAGAACAUCCAGGAGCAAAGAUUGAAGAGGCUAACUCUGCCACAGCUGAGCCAGAGGAGCCUCUACAGUCAGAAUGGGAACAGCUGGACCCCACAGAAGAUAACCUGACCAGUUACAGCAAGCUGCUCCUGGGGGGGUGUCAGUUGUUCCAGGCUGGUUCAUCCUCCACACUGGAUACAGAGGAACCAGAGGGACCCUGUGUGGCCGAAGAACGGCCAGGAGGCAGCCUCUCAGGCAGCACCGGGCAGCGGGAAAGCAAAGGAAAUGUGUGUGAGGAGGUCUCCAUGGGGGACGCACUGAUGGAGAGACUUUCGGGGGAUGUCCCUGUCGAUACUGCCGAGGAGGAGGGGGGGAGGCUACCCCAGAAGGCUCUGGAUGCUGAGGAUGAGGAUUCAAAGCCUGCCGGUCCCCAGAGGCAACCAGUUAUCCCGCAAUCAGCCCGGGACGAGGAUACCACGCAUCAAGGCACUGGGACAAAGAGGCCCCAUCCGGAUGAUGAGGAUGAAGAGGAGGACCCCGAGUGUCCUUCCAGCGCCAGCAGCUAUAAGCUGCCGUUUGAGGCUGGGAAGGUGCUUCGCGUGGAUGGGCAUGACUCUGGGAAGGACCCGGGAACUUCUGCGGGAUGCCCCGCAGCUGAUGAGUGUGAUACGUCCCAAGGGAAGCCCUACAGGUGUAGGGAAUGUGGGGAGACCUUUGCGUGGAUCUCGAACCUUAUGGAGCAUCACGAGAGCCACAGCACUGAGACGUGCCCUGUGAGCCAGGACUGCUAGGAAUCCUUUCAGUUCAGCCUGGCUGUGGGUCAAGCCUAAGAGGCAUAUACAAAAAACAAACAAACAAAACAAAACAAAAAACAAAAAGCCACGCCCAGAGCCCCUCUGCCACAAGCAAAGCUCACAGGCGAGAGGAUUGACAGCUCCUAGUGUGUGGGUGGUUUUCCCUGUUCAACCGGAGGGGUAAGGAUGAGCAGCUCUGCUGUGAGUAUCCCGUGGCGUGACAGUUGUAGCAUGAGCGAUCCUUGAGGCUCACGUGUGGUGGCAGCUUCCUGUGGUGUCUACGGGCACAUCUGGGUUUACUUUCUGGAUGCCAAUGUGCUGAAAGCAACUGGAAGUGGGCAUGGCCCAUAGGAAGCCCUCAUCUUGGAAACACACCUCCCGUUAACGUCCUGUCCUGUAAGCCAUCGGAUGGAAGGGAAAACUCCUUUUACGUAGUGUUUUAAUACAACACAUACUCUGGUCAUUUGACAUUGUACAAAGUGUGGAGUUGCCUUCAAGCAUGCGAUCCGUUGGCGCUUUCUUGAGCUUUUCUCGCCUCAGUUGCUUCUCCUGGAGAUCCCUGUUCACACAUAAUUCCCGCCAUCUAUUUGGCCUUUUUUUUUUGUAAAUAUGCGAUGUCAGGUUUUACUUCUGAGUCCUCAAGAGCAAAAGCUCCUGAGUUCAAGUCCCAUGUCUUUUAAUGUAUGCAGUCGUUUGCAAAGAUCACAAGCAAUGUUUAUUUCAGACUGGGUUUCAACCCAUUAGUGUGGAUUGUGAAAUCCAGACAGCGGAUGGCCACUGGCAUGACAAAGCAGAAUAAAGUAGUAAAGGCAAGUAUUGUCUUGUGAAACUUCUCAGCCGUGUAUCUAAUAUGAGAGCUGGCUACCAUGUUAAAUGUAUUUACUAGGGGGUGUGAUCAAACCGGCUUUAGAAAUACUAACAAAGGUCAAAGAAAAGUUCUGUAUCUGAGCUAAGAGAGCCAAACGUGGCCUACAUAGGUGAUCUCAUGGUUUUGCUUUAACUUCGGAUUACAGCAUUGUUUCUGUUGCCUUACCAUACAUUUAAUUGCCCUGCAGAUACAGACAGGUGUCUCUUUCUAAAGUUUUGAAGAGGCAAUUUAUGUAGCCCCCCAA